AUAUAAAAAGAGUUUUGAGCAUUCGAAUCCAAAUGAACCAGAUUUUUAGAUAGAAUUUCAAUCAUGCUAUCGGUUAAAGUUUUGUUACUAAUUUGUGCCAUAUCUUGGACACUAGUAGUAGCAGAAGAAGAAGAUGUUAAUGUUGAUAACAAACAAGAUGGAGAAAUAAAUUUAACUAAUUAUCAAAACAUAUCAGCAAACAAUUAUAAUAAAAGUAGAGUAGUAAGAGAUACCGAAGAAAGUGAAGAUGAUAAUGAUGAAAGUGGAGAAAGUACCGAAGAUACCGAAGAAAGCGAUGACGAAGAUAAUGAAAGCGACAAUUCCACAGAAGAUAAUGAAAAUGAUAGUGAACAAACAGCUACAACAGUUGAUGAAAGUAAUGAGAUAACAAGUGGAAUAACCGAAAGCAGUGAAAACAGUGACGAAAAUUCACAAGAAAAUGAUGAUGAAAGUACAGAAAGUACAAAUGAUACCGAAGAAAACGAUGACGAAGAUAAUGAAAGCGACAAUUCUACAGAAGAAAAUGAAAAUGAUAAUGAAGAAAGAGCUACAACAGAUGAUGAAAGUAAUGAGAUAACAAGUGGAACAACAGAAAGCAGUGGAAACAGUGACGAAAAUUCACAAGAAAUUGAUGAUGAAAGUACAGAAGCUACAAAUGAUGAUGAUAAUGAUGAUGAAAGUACAGAAGCUACAAAUGAUAAUGAAGAAAACGAUGACGAAGAUAAUGAAAGCGACAAUUCUACAGAAGAAAAUGAAAAUGAUAGUGAACAAACAGCUACAACAGUUGAUGAAAGUAAUGAAAUAACAAGUGGAAUAACCGAAAGCAGUGAAAACAGUGACGAAAAUUCACAAGAAAAUGAUGAUGAAAGUACAGAAAGUACAAAUGAUACCGAAGAAAACGAUGACGAAGAUAAUGAAAGCCACAAUUCUACAGAAGAAAAUGAAAAUGAUAGUGAACAAACAGCUACAACAGUUGAUGAAAGUAAUGAAAUAACAAGUGGAACAACAGAAAGCAGUGGAAACAGUGACGAAAAUUCACAAGAAAAUGAUGAUGAAAGUACAGAAGCUACAAAUGAUACCGAAGAAAACGAUGACGAAGAUAAUGAAAGCGACAAUUCUACAGAAGAAAAUGAUAGUGAAGAAACAGCUACAACAGUUGAUGAAAGUAAUGAAAUAACAAGUGGAACAACAGAAAGCAGUGGAAACAGUGACGAAAAUUCACAAGAAAAUGAUGAUGAAAGUACAGAAGCUACAAAUGAUGAUGAUAAUGAUGAUGAAAGUACAGAAAGUACAAAUGAUACCGAAGAAAACGAUGAAGAAGAUAAUGAAAGCGACAAUUCUACAGAAGAAAAUGAUAGUGAAGAAACCGCUACAACAGUUGAUGAAAGUAAUGAAAUAACAAGUGGAACAACAGAAAGCAGUGAAAACAGUAACGAAAAUUCACAAGAAAAUGAUGAUGAUGAUGAUGAUGAUGAUGAAAGUACAGAAAGUACAAAUGAUACCGAAGAAAACGAUGAAGAAGAUAAUGAAAGCGACAAUUCUACAGAAGAAAAUGAAAAUGAUAAUGAAGAAAGAGCUACAACAGUUGAUGAAAGUAAUGAAAUAACAAGUGGAACGACAGAAAGCAGUGAAAACAGUAACGAAAAUUCACAAGAAAAUGAUGAUGAUAAUGAUGAUGAAAGUACAGAAAGUACAAAUGAUACCGAAGAAAACGAUGAAGAAGAUAAUGAAAGCGACAAUUCUACAGAAGAAAAUGAUAGUGAAGAAACAGCUACAACAGUUGAUGAAAGUAAUGAAAUAACAAGUGGAACGACAGAAAGCAGUGAAAACAGUAACGAAAAUUCACAAGAAAAUGAUGAUGAUAAUGAUGAUGAAAGUACAGAAAGUACAAAUGAUACCGAAGAAAACGAUGAAGAAGAUAAUGAAAGCGACAAUUCUACAGAAGAAAAUGAUAGUGAAGAAACAGCUACAACAGUUGAUGAAAGUAAUGAAAUAACAAAUGGAACGACAGAAAGCAGUGAAAACAGUAACGAAAAUUCACAAGAAAAUGAUGAUGAUAAUGAUGAUGAAAGUACAGAAAGUACAAAUGAUACCGAAGAAAACGAUGAAGAAGAUAAUGAAAGCGACAAUUCUACAGAAGAAAAUGAUAGUGAAGAAACAGCUACAACAGUUGAUGAAAGUAAUGAAAUAACAAGUGGAACGACAGAAAGCAGUGAAAACAGUAACGAAAAUUCACAAGAAAAUGAUGAUGAUGAUAAUGAUGAUGAAAGUACAGAAAGUACAAAUGAUACCGAAGAAAACGAUGAAGAAGAUAAUGAAAGCGACAAUUCUACAGAAGAAAAUGAUAGUGAAGAAACCGCUACAACAGUUGAUGAAAGUAAUGAAAUAACAAGUGGAACAACAGAAAGCAGUGAAAACAGUAACGAAAAUUCACAAGAAAAUGAUGAUGAUAAUGAUGAUGAAAGUACAGAAAGUACAAAUGAUACCGAAGAAAACGAUGAAGAAGAUAAUGAAAGCGACAAUUCUACAGAAGAAAAUGAUAGUGAAGAAACAGCUACAACAGUUGAUGAAAGUAAUGAAAUAACAAGUGGAACGACAGAAAGCAGUGAAAACAGUAACGAAAAUUCACAAGAAAAUGAUGAUGAUAAUGAUGAUGAAAGUACAGAAAGUACAAAUGAUACCGAAGAAAACGAUGAAGAAGAUAAUGAAAGCGACAAUUCUACAGAAGAAAAUGAUAGUGAAGAAACAGCUACAACAGUUGAUGAAAGUAAUGAAAUAACAAAUGGAACGACAGAAAGCAGUGAAAACAGUAACGAAAAUUCACAAGAAAAUGAUGAUGAUAAUGAUGAUGAAAGUACAGAAAGUACAAAUGAUACCGAAGAAAACGAUGAAGAAGAUAAUGAAAGCGACAAUUCUACAGAAGAAAAUGAUAGUGAAGAAACAGCUACAACAGUUGAUGAAAGUAAUGAAAUAACAAGUGGAACGACAGAAAGCAGUGAAAACAGUAACGAAAAUUCACAAGAAAAUGAUGAUGAUAAUGAUGAUGAAAGUACAGAAAGUACAAAUGAUACCGAAGAAAACGAUGAAGAAGAUAAUGAAAGCGACAAUUCUACAGAAGAAAAUGAUAGUGAAGAAACAGCUACAACAGUUGAUGAAAGUAAUGAAAUAACAAGUGGAACGACAGAAAGCAGUGAAAACAGUAACGAAAAUUCACAAGAAAAUGAUGAUGAUAAUGAUGAUGAAAGUACAGAAAGUACAAAUGAUACCGAAGAAAACGAUGACGAAGAUAAUGAAAGCGACAAUUCUACAGAAGAAAAUGAAAAGAAAAAAGAAUAUAACGAGAAGAAGACAAAGCAAUCGAAUUGGAUCGAAAGAAUCAAUAAACGACUUGUAAAGAGACAAGAAUAUUUAGACAAUUUUGAACAUCGAUACGGAAUCCAUAUUCAAUGUGAUCCCAAAUUUUGUAAAAUGCAAUGUAUUGUGAACGGUAACCAUGCUGGAUAUUGUAGACGAUCUACAGAAUGCACAUGCGUUUGAAUAUAACACACGAAGACGACCGCUAAGGGAAUCGUAGUAAUACUAGUUAACGAAUUUUAGUAAUGUGUAGUUUGAAAAUAAAUAUUGUUAUCAAAAAUAUGUUUUUCUUAAUCAU